GUUUCUGUUCAACUACAACGUGCAUACUACCUCAUACACUUUUUAACAAAAAGAGUUUAUAAAAUAAAACCACACUCGAAUUCCAAAGAAGACGCGAAAUCUCAAUGAAUUAUUUAUGCAAGAAUAUCGUUGUACUGUUUCUACUAGUCCUAUUCUCACUCUCUCUCACCGCCGCAAACGCGAGUCAUUUCGAAUCGCUUCUCCAGCUCCCGCGAAGACAGUCGCGCUCGACCCGGACCCGAACCCGACCCAGAUCCGAACGGCUCCUCCACGUCGGUCAUUUCGGAGCAAAAGGCAAUGGCUUCACCGACGACACUAAAGCGUUCGAAGAUGCUUGGAAGACAGCAUGUUCGUCUAAAGGCAAAACAAGAGUCUUGGUCCCAGAAAACUACACUUGUCUUGUUCGACCUAUUGAUCUUUCGGGUCCUUGUAAAGCAAGACUCACUCUCCAGAUCUCUGGUACAAUCAUUGCUCCUGAUGAUCCAGAUGCUUGGGAAGGUCUAAACCCUCGGAAAUGGCUAUACUUUCACAGCGUGAGCCGCUUGACGGUUGAAGGAGGCGGCACUGUUAAUGGAAUGGGUCAAGAAUGGUGGAGAAGAUCUUGCAAACACAAUCAUUCCAAUCCUUGUCGAGGCGCUCCAACGGCCUUAACAUUCCACAAAUGCAAGAAUAUGAGAGUUGAAAACAUCAGUGUGAUCGAUAGUCAGCAAAUGCACAUUGCCUUCACCAGCUGUCGCCGUGUCACCAUCUCCGCUCUUAAGGUCAUAGCUCCAGGCACUAGUCCCAAUACAGAUGGAAUCCACAUUAGCGCCUCUCGUGGUAUAGUGGUUGACAACUCCACAGUCAGUACAGGAGAUGAUUGUGUUUCCAUAGUUAAAAACUCUUCACAGAUCUCCAUCAGUAACAUUAUAUGUGGUCCUGGCCACGGCAUAAGCAUUGGAAGCAUAGGAAAAUCGAAAUCCUGGGAAGAAGUGAAAGACGUGACGGUUGAUACGGCCUUCAUAUCUGACACUGCGAAUGGUGUUCGGAUCAAAACCUGGCAGGGAGGAAGUGGUUUGGUCUCAAAAAUCAUCUUUAGGAACAUCGAAAUGAACAAUGUGUCUAACCCCAUCAUCAUCGACCAGUAUUACUGCGAUUCUAAGAAGCCGUGUGCGAAUCAGACAUCAGCUGUUAGCAUCGAGAAAAUAUCAUUUGUGAACGUGCAUGGAACUUCAGCGACGAAACAAGCGAUCAAGAUCUCUUGCAGCGAUGCUUCACCGUGUCGCGACAUAGUUCUGCAAGACAUUGAUCUUGAACCAUCAGAAGGUGAUGGUUACACAGAGUCCUUCUGCUGGGAAGCUUAUGGUUCGAGUUCGGGUCAAGUGUACCCUCCUUCUUGUCUCCUCUCAGAUGACGAUAGCUUCUUGGAACAGUCGGUUCAGUCUGGGAUUACAUCUGUAUCAUACCUUUGAAACACACGUUUUUUUAGACUGUAAAAUUUACCACGCAUUCGCUAAACGUUUUGAAAUAUUCAUGUUUUAGCAAAUUCAGUUCAACAGUUAUAUCCCAUUAUCAUCGAGUUUCUCUUA